AAGGACCUUCAUGAAGGGAUCGAGCUGGGGGUUUUGCGCCCUACGACUUGUUCCUUUACCAGCCCACCGGUGCAAGAGACCGGACCCACCGGAAAGCCCCCCGAGUCACUGUGCCGCGCGAUGGAGGCAGAUCUUCAGGAUGGUGAGCAGAUCUCUGCGGACAUCCCCAUGCUGCGCAUCAUGCUGGCCUGUGCUGUGAUCCUCUUGGAAGCCCUUGUGGCCAGAUUUUUGGAGCUGGGGAAUGCAGAUCAACUCUUGAUCUCUGGAGUGAGAUGCUUCGUUCAACUGUCGGUGCUGGGCUUCAUCCUGGCUCCCAUCUUUGAGCUCCAGUCCCCAAGCUUGGUCUUGGCGUAUGUCUUUGGCUUCAUGGUCCUGGUCUCCGCCCAUGAAGCAGCUGCACGACCGAAGGUGACCUACCCGGGCAUCUUCUACAAGUCGGUCCUCAGUCUUGGCUCGGCGCUGUUGCUCAGCGGCCUGCUUCUACUCUUCAUUGUUCAGCCAGACCCGUGGUACGACGCCCAGUACGUGAUCCCUUUGGCGGGCAUGCUCAUCAACAACAGCCUUUCGGGUGUGGCAUUGGCCUUGAAUGCCAUGAUCGAUCACCUCCACAACAACAAAGAGCAGGUGGAGGUGCUUCUGGCCUUUGGAGCGACGCCCUGGGAAGCUGCUUGGCCGGGCUUCGUCAAGAGUGUGCAAGCUGCAUUGAUUCCUGCUAUCAAUGGGAUGAAUGUGGUCGGCCUGGUGUCCAUCCCCGGAAUGAUGACAGGGCAGAUUCUCGGGGGCGCACCCCCCCAUGAAAGCUGCCCGCUAUCAGAUUGUCAUUACCUUCCUCAUUUCCGGCUGCUCCUUCGCUGCCUUGUGCCUCAUCUGUGCAUUCACCAUCCAAGCAUUUUUUGAUGAGCGAGGUCGGCAUGAUGAUAGCGAGGUGAAGCCGCAGUCAAGGCUCAACAUCUCCAAGUUGCUGGACUUCAGCAAGUGGCCGAGUCGGAAGACCCAGGCCGUGCCAGCGACCUCCACGCCUUUGUUGGCUGACUCGGCUUCUCCUUUGGCCUUGCAGAAGACCUGGGACAAAUCGAAGGAUGGAGGCGGUCUCAUCCUGGAUUUGCCACUGGAGGGCUUGGUGGGGAAGCAGCGCCCGCUCAAGGUGCAUUUCAAGGUCCACGAUGGGGAGGUCCUUUGCAUGAUGGGGCCCAGCGGUGCGGGCAAAUCAACGAUCUUGAAGUGGAUCGCGGACCUUUCGGCCUCUGUUUGGGGCUCCAGGACCCUGCGUGGACAGGAGAUCUCUUCGCCGCAACACUGGCGAAGGGAGGUCCUCUAUUUGCACCAGAUCAAAGCGCCACUGCCUGGUACUCCAAAGUCGUUUGCCCAGGUGGUCUCGAAGCUCUGGGUGAAUGCACAGCGCAACGCCUUGCCCCUCCCGCCAUUGCUUCAAUCCAUAGGUUUAGACGAGAGCCUUCUGGAGCGGCCUUGGUCCGAGCUCUCUGGCGGCGAAAGCCAGCGGAUGAUGUUCGCCAUCGCCAUGGCCACCGAGCCAGCCUGUUUGGUCUUGGACGAGCCAACCAGCGCGCUGGAUGAGGCGUCCAAGCGUUUGGUCGAGGAGGUGCUUCAGAAACGAGGCAAAGAUUCCUGCAUUAUUCUGGCCACCCAUGAUCCCAAGCAAGCUGAACGGGUUGGCUCUGCGCUCUGGAGCUUCUCUGUUGGGCCAUGAGGAAAAAAGACGAGCGCCCCUAUAUUGAGCACUCUUUUGACUCUUUUGUGAAGACCAUG